UCGCGGCCGCCGUAGCGGGUGUGGCCAUUGCGAAUAAUGGCGGGAAAGCGCGCGAAUGCAGCACCACAGCAUAAACAGAAUAGCGACGUUAAUAAUUAGUAAAAUAAUUAUACAUUAACAGAAAGGUUAUAUAACAGGCGUAGUCGGUAACGCGGCCGGCUUGUGGUCGUCUGCAGUAACCGGCAUGGCUCCCCGCAGGAAGCGCGCUUCGCCUGCAGCAGAGGCUGAACCGAAGAGGAAGUCUGCCCGUGUGUCUGAGGAGGAGCGGAGGAGAAGCCCUGACCAUGGAGGGCAGCGGACUGACCGCUCGCACAAGGCUGAUGCGGUUGCUGCUGCUGCGACCAAGAAGUCUGCUGCUGCUGCCAAGAAGUCAUCAGGGUCAACCAAGGGACCCCGGGAGCCGUACACAUUCUGGCUGAUGAAGUCCGAGCCAGAGAGCCGCUUCGAGAAUGGAGUCGACAUGAAGUUUGGCAUUGAAGAUCUGGCAGCCCUGCCAAACCGGAUGUCAUGUUGGGAUGGAGUGCGAAACUACCAGGCACGUAAUUUUAUGCGGGCAAUGAAGACUGGGCAAAUGGCUUUUUUUUACCAUAGCAACUGCAAAGUACCAGGCAUUGCUGGAUUGGUCAAGAUAGUUAAGGAAGCCUACACAGACCAUACCCAGUUUGAUCCCAAGGAUGCACAUUACGACCACAGCAGCAAGAAGAGCAGCCCCAAGUGGGACAUGGUGGACGUGCAAUUUGAGAGGAGGACCAAGCGCUUCCUGCCGCUGGCCGAGCUGAAAGAGUGGCACCUGAAGCACGCGUCGGAGGGCGGUCCGCUCCGCUCCAUCGCCCUGUUCACAAGCGCUCGCCUCUCGGUGCAGCCGCUCACAAAGGAAGAGUUUGAUUUUGUGCUGAGCUUGGAGGAUGAAGAACCCAUUUGAAAAAAGGACAACGAUCGAUCAUCACCCUGGAAAACGGGACACGUCUAAACGUGGCAAUGCAUCUCUUGAUUUUCAAAAGUACAUUGUUAUCGUGUCCACUUUGUAGUCAAUGCAAUGUCAGUUGUUUCUUUAAUGUAAACAUACAUUAGAUUCAUGCAGACAAGAGGAGGGGUUGGAAAUUGGGGAAAGUUUGCUUUAUGACAUGUGUACAUACUUUGCUGUUAUUGCAGCUUGGUAAGGCAUCCUAAAAAUCACAAGACCUAUUUAGACAGACAAUAAAUGCCAAAAGACUCUCUCGUGUCCAUGCACCCACAUUUAGAAAGCAAGUACCCUCAGGAUUUGGCUGUAUAGCGAUGUGCAGUGCACUGAGACCGCUCAAUGCAAAUAAAUAAACUGGAAACCUCUCCGA